CCUUGUGCUUAAGAUGGAGAGAAGACAUCAAACACUAUGCCAUCUUUUCCUCAAAUGCCUUUUGUUGGUUGCGAUUUUGCUCUCCAACAGCUUCAACGAAAUUUCCACUGCUCAAGCCAUGCGGUCGCUCCACAAAUACAGGAGCAGUCUGCCCAACAAAAUGAUAUUCAUUGAUGAAUACUUUCCGCAUACUAUUUCAAGAAAUGAUGAAUUGUUGAGACGCAAGUUACACGACGACGUGCCAGGAGGACCCAACCCAGGACCCGGACCCCCACAUUUCAAGCAGAAUGGAUCACCAUCAGGCCCUUAAAGUCAAGGAUGAUAGCUCUGUUUGAUUUGAUUUGAUUGCCUAUUGUUUUAUUUUGUCCAAGGUUUUCAAUCCAUAGUGUACUUCGUCUCUGCACCGUUACUAUUAUACUUGCAUAAGAUCGAGUACGUGGUGUAAUAUAAAUAUUCUGGAGUAUGCCUUUGAAAGUUAGGUUCAUACCUUCAAUGUAUACAUUUCCGAUUUUGAUAUACGUACUCUCCACGUUCUGCUACGGAUUCACUUAUAAAUUUUCAUUAUUUGGUUAUCUAAGAAAAGUAUUAAUUACCC